CAGAUGAAAACACACGGAAAACACUGAUCUCUAAAAUAGAAAUUGUAACGGAAGUGUUGGUAAAGUUAGUCGGUCUGAUCGGCCCAGGGGAGAAUAGGCUGCAUGUGUGUGAAGUUUGCCUUGCCGUUAGUGUUAUGGAGUGAGGUUUUCGUCUCGACCACUGAGACGGGGCGCAGAGGGUGGGCAUGACACGGGCGAGGUUUUCGGCGGGAGAGCUUGUUGCGUGUUGUCAGUGAAGUGAAUGACCUCGACAGCAGCCACCAGGUAUUCAUAGAGUGUGACCGAGAUUUAUUUGUGCCACGUACAUCGACGGAUCCAUCACAUAUACACGCGUACGAUACUGCCACGAAGAGCCGCUGAAAACACCUGUGGAUGAUUGGACUAUACAUGUAAACAGAGAGAAACUGACUCAGCCUGUGCAGUUCCCACCGUGUUCUGUGAUAAACAGCUGACAAUGACAGCUCGUGACGGCAUACGAACAGAGUUGUAAUGUGGUGAAGCUAGAAGGCGACGUUAUAAUGAUGUUUGGCUGCGGUUGUUGUAAGACAGCCAUACGGCCUGAGGUCCGCACAGUCUACGUUGGGAACCAUCCUCCGUCCUACACAGAUGUGUACGUCCCAGAGAGAUUCCCAGACAACCGAGUUAUCUCAUCCAAGUAUACACUAUGGAAUUUCCUGCCCAAAAAUUUGUUCGAACAGUUCCAGAGGAUUGCAAAUUUCUAUUUUCUGUGCAUGGUUUUUAUUCAGCUUAUCAUCGAGAGCCCGGUUAGCCCAGUGACAAGUAUCAUUCCCCUGCUGAUUGUUGUCUCCGUUACUGCUGUGAAACAGGGAUAUGAAGAUCGUUUGCGACAUGUUGCAGACAAUGAGGUCAACAAUAGGCCGGCAUUUGUUCUCAGGGAGGGGAUUCUCACAGAGGUCAAAUCCAUGGCUAUCAAGGUGGGUGAUAUCGUGAGGGUGCAGACGAAUCAUGGCUUCCCAUGCGAUAUGGUCAUGUUGUCUUCUCACGACCCUGAAGGAGUCUGUUAUGUUACAACAGCAAACCUUGACGGGGAAACAAACUUAAAGGCCCAUUCCUGUGUGGUUGACACACGCAAACAUCAGAGCGUGGAGGAGCUGGACACUCUGAAUGCGGUCAUUGAGUGUGAACAGCCAAUCGCUGACCUGUACAGCUUCAAAGGGAGAAUCAAAAUCAACUCUGGCGGGGAGACCGUGGUGAGGUCUCUCGGACCAGAGAAUGUCCUGCUGAGGGGGGCCAGGCUCAAGAAUACACCUUACGUUUAUGGUUGUGCAAUAUAUACAGGGCAAGAAACAAAGAUGGCUUUAAAUUCUGAAUUCAAGAAGACAAAAAUUUCCAGAGUUGAGCGAUCUAUGAAUAUAUUCCUGAUUGUGUUUCUGGUGUUGUUGUUGUUGGAGGCUGGGUUAUGUACUGGCCUGAAGUACUGGUUUGAGGGCGUGCCAGAACUGGGUCAGCCCUGGUACAUUCCCCCAUAUGGUAACAUUACCGCUAAAGCUGUGAUACAAGAUUUUUUCGCCUUCCUUGUUUUAUUCAACUAUGUUAUACCCAUAUCAUUAUAUGUCACAAUAGAACUUCAAAAGUUUGUAGGAUCUCUAUUUUUUAAAUGGGACAUUAAAAUGUAUGAUGACGCUACUGGGCAUGCUGCCAAAGCCAACACGUCUGAUCUUAAUGAAGAGUUGGGACAGGUGGAGUAUUUGUUCACGGACAAGACAGGGACGUUAACAGAGAAUGACAUGCAGUUUCGCCAGUGCUCUAUCAAGGGUGUCCGUUAUAUUGACAUGGGUGGAAUGCUUUGUACCAAACCAGACAUGCCCGAUGUACAGGCACCUCCGGUCCAUCUUUUAACAGAUAGCACCAUUGCUGCUGUUGGACUUGAUGUUGGAGUUGGUGUUCUACGCAUUCUGGGGGCCUCCGUGGCUCAGUUGCCUGAGAUAGAGGAGUUUCUCACUGUUCUGGUGCUGUGUCAUUUGGUGCGUGUGGACCGUGCCGAUGAUGUCACUGCGGGCGCUGCCAGCAUGUACAGCAGCACAGGGUUUGAUUACGACUACACAGCUCCGUCACCAGACGAGAAGGCUUUGGUGGAAGCGUGUAGGAGGUAUGGUGUUGUAUACCAUGGUAUCCAUGACGACCGCAUGGAGGUAACAUUUAAAGGAGAGAUGAGACGUUACAAACCCCUCCAUGUGUUAGAGUUUGAUGCAGUUAGGAAAAGAAUGAGUGUAAUCGUACAGAAUGAGAAAGAUGAGGUGUUUUUGUUGUGCAAAGGGGCAGAGUCGGCCAUCUUGGAUCGUGUGGAGACAGGGGAUAAAUUCACCACACUACAGCAUGUCAACCAGUAUGCAGUGCUUGGAUUGAGAACAUUGUGUAUUGCUCAGAGAAAGUUAUCGGUGGAAGAAUUUGAGGACAUUGACACUCAGCUGAACUCUGCACGGAACUCCUUGGAGGAUCGAGAAGAACAGUUGAUCAGAGUGUUUGAUCUCGCGGAGAGGAAGCUAGAGUUGCUAGGGGCAACUGCUGUGGAAGAUAAACUCCAAGAUGGUGUGCCAGAGACGAUAGAGUCUUUGAGGACUGCUGGUAUAAAGGUGUGGGUGCUGACUGGGGAUAAGGAAGAGACGGCUGUUAACAUUAGCUACUCGGCGGGUCAUUUUAAACAGGGCAUGAUGGAACUCAGGGUUACUAAACAGACCAAUCCAAAUGAAUGUGGGGAAAUCAUAGAAAAACAUCUCUCACUCAUAUCACGACUACCAAGCAGUCAGUACGCAUUGAUCAUUGACGGGGCCAGUCUUAAUCACACCAUAUUUCACCACAGCAAUGCGCUCCGGAAUCUCGCUCAAAAGUGCGUUGCAGUUCUCUGCUGUAGGAUGUCUCCCAUACAAAAAGCUGAGGUUGUGCGACUCGUCAAGACCAGCACGUCCAAUCCCGUGACUGCUGCGAUAGGAGACGGAGCCAACGAUGUCAGCAUGAUACAAGAAGCUCACGUCGGACUGGGAAUCAUGGGUAAAGAAGGGCGACAAGCUGUUCGGAACAGCGAUUAUGCAUUUGUUCGAUUUCGGUUUCUCAAUCGUGCAUUAUUGGUUCACGGACAUUAUUACUACAUUCGCAUUGCCAAUUUGGUUCAGUAUUUUUUUUAUAAGAACGUUGCCUUCAUCACAGCCCAAGUCUACUAUGCAUUUUUUAGUGCAUUUUCAGAACAGUCAAUUUUUGACAGCUUUGUACUCAUGUUUUAUAACCUGACGUAUACCUCCUUGCCAAUCUUGAUCUACGGUAUUUUUGAGCAACAUAUUUCCUCGGAGACUUUGCUGCGCAAACCCGAGCUGUAUAAAAAAAUCGCUAGAAAUGAGAUCUUGUCUGCCUGGAAUUUUACUGUUUGGAACCUAAUAGGUCUCUGGCAUUCCAUUGUUUUCUUUUUUGGUGUGUUUUUGCUGUUUGCUGAUGGGGCGUCUCUUUUCCCGUCGGGGGAGAUGAUGGGAAAUUUCUCUUUUGGUGCACUUGUUAUUACUGUAUGUGUGUUAACUGUUGACUUCAAGCUGUGCUUGAUGAUCUACCACUGGUCACCUCCAAUUGUGAUAUCUUUGAUAUUUGGUCUUAUGGGAUUUUUUGUUGUCACCAUGUUCUACAAUGCCAUUUUGUGGCCAAAGAUCUUGAUAGAGAAGAGUAGUAUGUACUCUGUGUUAACCAAUGUAUUGAGUAGCGGGACGGUGUGGCUGAGUAUACUACUGCUUAUGGUCAUAGCCCUGCUGCCUGACAUUGUUAUGAGGGCAUACCAUGACACAUUUCAUCAUCCAGACAGGUGGACUAAAAAGGCGUCGUUGGAGCCUGCAGCGCUGGGCAGCCAGUGCGAAUCAGUCACAGGAAGUGGGAUUACCUUACUGCGCGACUAACUACACUGUAACAGGAACCAACUUGUUCCGUUUGCAUCUGCAGGAGCUCAAGAGGGAUGUGGCUCCCCCUGUGAAGAGGAAGCUGACUCUAGAGACCGCUGCAUAUUUCGGACCUUUGCACAUAUUAGAAGGCAGCUGGCAGAGAGACCUGUUCCUGAAGCAUCUUUCAAUAGCCCUAAAACCUAAUUGGGUCAUUUUGAUGGUUUGUUGAAAGGCCAUGUUGGUAAAACCUGGGCUCACGCCUUGUUCAUACAUGGUAUGUGAGGAAAGGAGUCCUUUGAGGUGCUGAAAACGCAAUUUGUGUAACACCAAAAUUAAGCAACUCUCGAAAACAGCACGUCAUGCAAAGCAUAUAAUAAAUAUGGCAUCUUCACACCCAUUUUUUUUACCCAAGAAUGGAACAGCAUAAAUAAGGAGUGAUGUAAUUAUGGGAUGGCAGUAUUGUUGUUCUAGUAGUUGUUGACCUACUGCCCCAAAUUUACAGUAUCUCUGACCUAUUGACCUGGUUAUUCUUUAUGACUAACACCUGGAAUUUCACAGAGAUGUCCAAGCAUUUGCAUAUCAGCUAUGUCUCCGGUGGAUAUUUUGCUGAAGUGAAAAAAGAAAUGACUUAUUUUUUAUUGUCUUCUGUCCACAUUCUCGUCUUUUCUGCGGCAGUUCACCAGGGAUGUGAACUAAGAGGAUGUGAAUUUUGUAGGGUGUUUAUUUCUUAGCCUUUACUUUUUAUAUCUUGCUGCAUAAUACUGCUUGUCAUGCAAUUAAUUUGUUGGUGGUGUGUUUAACACUGAGUAUAGUUAACACGAUGACACAGGAGCCUCUCACCAGACGGCUUCCUUUCCAAUCAUACGUGGGAAGGUCUGGCAGCAAACUGCGGAUGGUCGUGAAUUUCCCUCGGGUUCUGCCCAGUGUCCUUCCAACAUAAUGCUGGCUGCCAUCAUGUAAGUGAAAUAUUUUUAAGCACAGCUUAAAACACAAAUCAAAUAAAUAAAGAUUAAUACGAUAAAUAUUAAAGUGAUAAAUAUUAAUACCAGGUACCCAGUUUGUUGAAGUAUUUGCUGAUCAAUAUCACUGUGCAUUAUGUUCUAAAUGGGCGAAUAAGUAACCUAUGUGCACCAUGCUAUCCAUUAAUCCCCAAAUGGAGGGUUUGUACUGAAACUGAAGGGUCAUUGGAUGUACUGUAAAAUAUAUGAUAUGAGGCCCUUGAAAGUCCUUAAACAUUUUCUUUCAUGAGAAUUGUGUAAAUGAUUUGAUGUCUGCAAUAAAAAUUCUAUGUUUGGAUAAGGCUGUACAGACGUUCUACGCAGUACCUAAGACUAAGAAGAGUUAAAAGUUUCAGGGGGCCAAUUUCACAAAACUCUGUAAGUUUUUUUUUUUUUUUUUUUUAUUGCGAUGUACUUUUUUUUGUACAUAACAUAAUGAUGGCCAAAGUGAUAACGGAACACAAGAAAAUAUAUGUGAAACCCUUAAGUUAUGAAGUUUUGUGAAAGUGUGCUAUGUAGUGUGUACUUGCUCAAUACAUUGUAAAUAAUGUUUUGCUCAGUGAAAAUAUGUCUUUAUGAGAGAAAUAUCCAUGUAGAAGAUAAAUAUGAAUGUAUGUAGAAGAUAUAAGUAUACAGCUAUAUUGAUGUUUAUAUGAAGUGUUAUAUAUUUAUUUUGAUGUGUUUAUCUGACUGAUGUGGAAUCAUGAGUGAAAAAUUCCAUCAUGUACAUGUAGAAUGCAUAAUGGUGUUGUGAUCAUUGUUUUUAUUCAAAUGGUUGUUGUUAAGAUGAUUUAAAAAUGCCAUCUUUAAUUUCUGUACAAAGGUUUUUUCAUAAACUUUACAUCCCACCAUUCUUCUCUCUUCUCGUCCUGUUGACUGGACUUGAUUCUGACUAAUAUUCAAAGGUUGUGUAUUUUUCUACCAGUCUGCGGUUAACGUUUGUCCUUUAGAACUGUUUAAUAUAUUUUGAACCAAUAUAAGUAUAUUUGUAUACAUGUACUUGUUUAUAUGUUGAAGAUUAAAUAAUACUUACAUGUACAUGUAUUAUUGGUGCUACGACAGAGGGGGGUGGGGGGGGGGGCUUCUGCAAAUUACUGUGCAGGUGACUCGAGGUUAGGUCAUUUGCAACCUGUUUUCUUGACCUACUUACAAUUAACCUAUUCUUGGAAAGAUAGCACUUGUGUGUCGGUGAAGGACUUUUGCAAGGAAAUGAAGAGAUAAUAUUUUUGUAUGGAUGUUAAAUUAUUUCUUGGCUUUAAAUGCAUUUAAGCUGGGUUUUUUUUAUGCAGUAAUGGUGAACAAAGUAGGAUUGUGUACUGCACACACAGAGAACUGUGACGUCUUUAUACUGUUCUAAUGAUUUGUCUGAAAAGCCAGAAUGACACAUUUUCACACACACACAAGAAAAAAAUUGAGAACAUGUGUCACAUGAAAAUAAUAUUCUUGCCAACAUGUAGAAAAAUUUGGUGAACAUGUGUCUAUUUAUUGCGUAUAUUUAUUUGAAAAAGAUGGAGUUUCCAUCAAGGAUGCGGGUCACCUAUAUCUGUGAGGGCCAGAUUUGAGCGUUGUCGCUCUGACUGCAUUUGUCGGGCUCAACUGAUCUAAUCAUGCAUUAAUGACCUGAUACACAUCUUUUAGAGCUGUUACUACGCUAGAUUAAAACGCAUUUACCAUGACGACAUGUUGCCACGUACAUCACAACUCGGUGCAUGCUGCGACUGCUUCGUAAGAGAGGCCCCAUGCAGUGCUGGACACUCUCGUUGUGAAUUUAAGAGUUUGGCAUGUCGACUCAACAACUUAUCACACACGUGCUAGUUAGAGAGAACAGUUCUUAGUCCAGUGAGAAAAUAUAUGUAAGGCUUAGGUGUGAGUCAAAUGACACUUGUUGUGUUCAGUUCUGAGAUGUUCAUUGUUUGUUUCACUUUGGGACGAACAUAACAGUUGUAUAUUCGUCCCAGUUUCCAUCGCUUUUUUUUUUUAUCAUUCUGUUGCCAUUUUCAUUUGUAAACUCCAUUUUGUAGGCAGCUGCGACUGUUUAAGCAUGUUAAUUAUUAUGUAGCCGGUGGAGUUAAAUGCCAUUGAUGAACAUGUAGGCUCCUAUACUUAUCAGGUGUUACUUUAAUUGUCGUUAAACAGUGGCAUGUUGGACCCAAUCUGAUUAUAAAGUCACUAACUCACGGUGACUUCAUCCAUUGUGGCUUGGCAUUCCCCCCCCCCCCCCCCCCCCCAGUAAUACAAGGUCCGUGACCUAAUUUACAUUCCCCAUGUAGGACAAGCGUAUUUCACUAAGUCUGCAUUUAGACUGUUAACAUAUGGCAAUUUUCCAAGCUCAGGAAGAUAAAAGUUUGAUUACCGGUAAUUUGUAUUCCAAAUUUUGACUUAAAUCAAAACUGGCUUUGUGGAUUUUAGCCUGGUAAUGCAUUACAUGCAUCUGUACAGAAAUCAAUUCAACAGUUAAGCCAUUUCUGACUUGGGUCAAUAUUACACAUACGAUUUUAGAGAUGAUCAUCGGGCUCCAGAAAUUAAAAUGUUUAACCAUCUGGUAAAAGUGGCCAGCUGGAAAAUGGGUUAGAAUUGUAACUUGCUGUACUAAAAACUUCAUAGGUAUCGUGACGAAUAAUUUUUAAAAAAUUGCUUCGUGGAAUUUUCCAUUUACGUGUAGCCUACGUAUCCCAUGUUUCGAUUCUGAACUAGCUCGGUUCAAUAAGAGUGAUAUCCCUUCCCUUGGUCCAUUAAAGAUGGUCAAUAUGCCUACUUAUGUGAGAGUAGCUCUGCUACUUAUUGUUUAUGUAGACCAGCCUGGGCUUCAUCCAUAUCGUCAUAGCCUGUAUAUCAUUUGUUCAUAUCCAGUCAUUAUUCGUUCUAGAUGUGAGUAGUCAUUUCAUGAUUAUAUUCAUAUCACUCACCUUUUGCUCAGGUAUAGAGAAGCAAUCGUUUCUAUGACUACAUGCUUUAUAUUUUGAAGAAUUUUUCAUGCACUUGUGUAUGGUACAUAGUUCCUCAGCUCUGCAUUAAAUGCACGCCUUUCUGUAGGCGUAUAAGUAAAUAAAACUGCCUUAAUUCA